GCUGGUAUUCUUAUCUUUGGCUGCCAUUCCUACCCUUAUUCAUAAUAUUGUUGGUGGGGACGAAAUUACAAGUGAUAAUUACAAAAAUGGGGCUUAGAAUUCAAGAACGCGGCGAAGUGGUGAAGGGUGUUCCAGUAGUUCAACCAGGAGAUGACCUUUUUUUGGUUCAAUCGUCCCCAUCUACUUCUUUAUCUUAUUAAUUUUGUGCUUUUUCAGAAUGCGUUUCAGCUUGCCUUCUUCGCAUGGAGCUGGUAUGAAUUCGGGAUGAGAACAUGUUUCCAUGAACAUGUAGAGGAUAUCAUCAUCAGAAUGGCAAUGGGGAUUCUCAUACAGAUCCUCUGCAGCUAUGUCACACUCCCUCUCUACGCUCUUGUGACCCAGAUGGGAACAAGUAUGAAGCCAACAAUAUUCAACGACAGAGUAGCAACGGCCAUACGAAACUGGCACCACACGGCGAAGAAACACGUGAAGCAAAACAAGCAUUCGCGCGCGGGGACGCCGACGUUGAGCCAGCCCGUGACCCCGUCGCACGGGCUAUCGCCAGUCCACCUCCUCCGCUACCACCCCAGCGAAACGGACAGCCCCCAAAUGUCCGCAGCAAACCCCAAUUACUACUACGGAGAGCACAGCGACACCGAGCCCGAGGCCUCCUCGCCCUCCCCGCCUCGAGCGGCCUACAUUGAUCAGCACCAACGCGAUUACCAACACGAGAUCGAUAUCAGUGUCACGCCAAAUGAGUUUUCUUUUGAUAAGACAGCUAGUAAUAGUAUACAUGAGAUUUAAGGACUUCCUAGUAAUAGUAAUAGUAAUAGUAUACACGCC